AUGUUAAAUGGUGCUCCAUGGCCAUAUCUCAACGUCGAGCCCUGCAAAUGUCGUUUCCGGCUUCUUGACGGUAGUCCUGACAGGUCUUGCAAGAUUACUGUUGGGCGAUCAAACAGAAAUGGGGUCGCAAUGGUUUUGUCAGAAUCGGUGGUUCCCUCGCUCAUCUACUCCAACCAGCAGCAUCCAAACAAACUGUAAUCUCGGACUCGGGCUUCGUGGGAGCGUCUGCCACAACCAGCACCAUGAUCCUCGGUAUUGCUGAACGAUAUGAAGUUAUCAUGGGCUUCUCGUUCUACGCCGGACAGAAACCUUACAAUGAAGAACGACUGCAACUUUUCCUGCAGCGAGGACUACGCAGAGGCCAACCUUGUCAUGGAAAUCAAUGCAGGCGCCACGGUUGGCAGCACUACCUGCAACGGACCCGUUCCCAGUUCU